UCUAUCUAUUAGGGUUUCUGUCACUUCUCUCCAGCCGAUUACUUUCAACAAAAACUUGAGGCAAACUCGCCGUUAAUCUGAGCUGCCAAUUCAGAUAGUUUGAAAAUGGCUGACACUAAGGCAGUGACUAUCCGUACAAGGAAGUUUAUGACUAACAGGCUUCUUUCCAGGAAGCAAUUUGUGAUUGAUGUGCUUCAUCCAGGGAGGGCUAAUGUCUCCAAGGCUGAAUUGAAGGAAAAGUUAGCUGGAAUGUACAGUGUUAAGGAUUCAAAUGCCAUCUUUGUAUUUAAAUUCAGGACUCACUUUGGUGGUGGUAAAUCAACUGGUUUCGGAUUGAUUUACGAUUCAGUAGAAAAUGCAAAGAAGUUUGAGCCUAAAUACAGGCUUGUCAGGAAUGGCUUGGAUACAAAGGUUGAGAAGUCCAGAAAACAGUUGAAGGAACGAAAGAACAGGGCCAAGAAGAUCAGAGGUGUAAAGAAGACCAAGGCCGGAGAUGCCGCCAAGAAGAAGAAGUAAACUAUGAGAGACUUUGCUGGAGUUUUCAAAAAUAUCUUAGCAUCCUAUUUAUUAGGAUAUCUUGGUAUUCGACUUUUAAAUCUUACAUCAGUUAUUAUGCUGUUGAGAUGGACCUAGUUUUUAGAGCUUGAUAUAGUAAGAACAUUAUGUGUACUUUUUGUCUACAAUCUGUUUUAUUUUGAUGGAUCAUCGUUAUUCAAAA